AUGUCCGUCUCCAUCGAAACAACCGACCCCCCAUCCGCCGUCUCCCAAUUCCAAAAUGACUUUGGCAUGGGCACAAAGUCCAGAAUGCCCGAAUUCAGCCUCGCGGGAAGAGUCAUUAUCGUCUCUGGCGCUGCCCGUGGACUGGGUUUAGUCCAGGCUGAAGCGAUUCUCGAGUCUGGUGCUAAGGUCUAUGCUCUUGAUCGAUUGGAGGAGCCAUCCCCCGAUUUCUACACCAUCCAAAAACGAGCCCGCGAAGAGCUCAAUACGGAACUACACUACCGUCGCAUCGAUGUACGCGACGCAGAACUUCUCCACCAGGUCGUCGAGGAGAUUGCCACCGCAGAGGGCCGUUUGGAUGGGUUACUCGCUGCGGCGGGGAUUCAGCAGGAGACGCCCGCGCUCGAGUAUACGGCCAAGGACUCGAAUACCAUGUUCGAGGUGAAUGUCACGGGAGUGUUUAUGACGGCUCAAGCGGUGGCCAAGCAGAUGAUUCGCUUUGGGAAGGGGGGAAGUAUCGUCUUUAUUGCGAGUAUGAGUGGUUCGGUUGCCAAUCGGGGCCUCAUCUGCCCCGCCUACAACGCCAGCAAAGCCGGCGUCCUCCAACUCUCCCGCAACCUCGCCAUGGAAUGGGGCCCCUACAAGAUCCGCUGCAACACCAUUUCGCCCGGCUACAUCGUCACCGCCAUGGUGGAGCAGCUCUUCAUCGAGUAUCCCGAGCGUCGCGAGACCUGGCCCAAGGAUAACAUGCUCGGCCGUCUGUCCAGUCCGAGCGAGUACCGUGGUGCGGCGGUGUUUUUGCUCAGUGAUGCGAGUAGCUUUAUGACAGGGAGUGAUGUGCGGAUUGAUGGGGGGCAUGCUGCUUGGUAG